GGGUUUUCUCAUUUCAUCCCAACUUUUCAUUCUCAGCUGCGCGGCUACUGUUUUCAUUCCGUUGCGUGUCUCACUCACUCUGAGUCCAAAUUUGAUAAUGGCAGCUAUGAUUUCUUCAACUAUGGCUCAGUCUGGAACUUUUGUAGCUCCGGCGACAGCAGUAUUGACCACUGGAAGCCAAUUUGUGAAUGCAUCACUUUAUGUGGGUGAUCUGGAAGGGAGUGUGACUGAGGGACAACUUUUUGAUCUGUUCAGCCAAGUUGCUCAGGUUGUCUCAGUUAGGGUUUGUAGGGAUCAGACCAGACCAUCGUCUCUCGGUUACGCAUAUGUCAACUUCAAAAAUGCUCAAGAUGCGGCCAGUGCGAAGGAACUUCUGAACUUCACUCCUCUGAAUGGAAAACCCAUUCGUAUUAUGUUUUCUCAACGAGAUCCAAGUGUUCGGAAAAGUGGAUCUGGCAAUGUGUUCAUUAAGAACCUGGACAAAUUGAUUGAUCACAGGACACUGCACACCAUUUUUGCUGUCUUUGGCUCUAUACUUUCUUGUAAAGUGGCUCUUGACGGCAAUGGUCAAUCAAAAGGGUAUGGUUUCGUUCAAUUCGAAAAUGAACAAUCUGCCGAGAACGCCAUCAAAGAGUUGAAUGGCAUGUUGCUAAAUGAUAAACAAGUAUAUGUUGGAUUUUUCAUUUCCUACCAGGAAAGGGCUAGGCUCAAUCAAUCACCCAAAUUUACUAAUGUGUAUAUUAAAAAUCUUUCUGAAACACUAGUAAGUGAUGAAGACUUGAAGAAGCUAUUUAGCCCUUUUGGCACAAUAACCAGUGCAAGAGUCAUGAAAGAUACAAAUGGCAAAUCCAGAUGCUUUGGAUUUGUAAAUUUUCAGAGUCCAGAUUCUGCUGCUGCUGCAGUUGAGAACUUAAACAGAACUACUAUGAAUGACAAAGUUUUAUAUGUGGGUCUAGCUCAAAGCAAAGAAGAAAGAGAGCGUGAGCUGAAGGCUAAACUAGAGCAGGAAAGAAUUACAAGACAUGAGAAAUUACAGAGGUCUAAUCUGUACUUUAAAAAUCUCGAAGAUGGUUUUUGUGAGGAAAAGUUGAAGGAGCUAUUUUGUAAGUUUGGAACUAUAACGUCUUGCAAGGUGAUGUUGGAUUCUCGUGGUCAUAGUACGGGUUCUGGUUUCGUGGCAUUUUCAACUCCAGAGGAAGCUGAUAAAGCGAUGAAUGAAAUGAAUGGUAAGUUCGUUGGAAGAAAGCCUUUGUUUGUUUCUGUGGCUCAGCGCAAAGAAGAGAGGAAGGCCCAGUUGCAGGCUCAUUUUGCUGAAAUUGCUGCCCCUGGUGGAUUCGCACCGCCAGCUGCAGGAAUUCAUGUAUACUAUCCAGAGGCAUCAAGACUUGCCUCUCAACAGGGUCAAGGCACAUAUGACUUCAUACCAUCUCAGCCUGCUGGAUUUGCUGGUGGAAUGCGGCCUGGCGUUGCUGGGAAUUUUGUUAUGCCGUAUCAACUGCAAAAACAGGGUCAAAAUGGGCAAAGGAUAGGUGCUCGACGAAAUGGAAAUCUCAGACACGGGCACCGGAACCAAAUGAUACAUCGUAACUCCAACCAAGGUUUUAGAUACACGGCUAACAACCGAAAUGGCAUGGAUUCGUCUGGAGUUUCUCAUGGUCUAGCUGGUCCAAUGUUGCCUAUGACAUUUGAUGGUUCUGGAGUUACUGCACCUAUUGAUAAUCAGCAUCCCGGGUCUACAUCACUUGCUUCAGCUUUAGCUGCUGCAACUCCAGAAAAUCAGCGCAUGAUGUUGGGCGAACAACUUUAUCCCCUUGUGGACCGGCUUACCACAAAGGAACUUGCAACAAAGGUGAUAGGGAUGUUGCUUGAAAUGGACCUAGCAGAAGUAAUUAAUCUCAUUGAAUGUCCGGAUGACCUCAAAAUAAAGGUUUCUGAGGCAUUGCAGGUCCUUCAUGACGCUGCAUCGGAAUCUAAAGCUGGUGAUCAACUUGGUUCGUUGUCAUUGAACGAAUGAAGUAAUUUCACCUGCUGUGGUGUAUUAUUUUGAUUUUAUCAGAACCAUAUUUUCUUUUUGCUGGAUAAGUUAUUGGUUGGUGGAUUAAUAUGCAGAGAUUCGGGACAUUUCCAUUUGGGAAAAAAUUAUGAUUUUAUUUCAUUUGAGAUUGGUAGUUGAUGAUGUAGUUCAUUAAACCUUUGACAAUAAUUUUUCUUUAGAUCCGAAUGACAAUUGAGCGUUAGUUGACAUCUCGUUUCUCAAUUUUUACUGUGAUAAAUUUUAUCUGCCUAUGCAUGUGUUUUUGGUUUGGGAAAA